AUAUUAGCUCUAUGGUUUCUCUUUCCUUCAACAAACAAGCAUUCCACCCAUUUUCAUUGAAUUUGAUAUCGUUUGCCUAUAAUAUUUCAAAGAAAUGUCUUCUAAAAGUGAAAAAGAUCGAGCCAAACAGAUCCAGGACAGAUGUCAGAACAUAUUGAUGCAAAUGUUGAAGGAUGAAGACAAUAAAUAUUGUGUUGACUGCGAUGCUAAAGGUCCGCGCUGGGCGUCAUGGAACUUGGGCAUAUUCCUGUGCAUCAGGUGCGCGGGCAUCCACCGCAACCUCGGGGUCCACAUCUCCAAGGUGAAGAGUGUCAACCUCGACUCAUGGACACCUGAACAAGUUGUAUCUCUUCAACAAAUGGGCAACUCCCGAGCGCGCGCCGUGUACGAGGCGAACCUGCCCGACUCGUUCCGAAGGCCGCAGAACGACUCCUCGCUGGAAGCCUUCAUCAGAGCCAAGUACGAACAGAAGAAAUACAUCGCCAAGGAGUGGGUGCCACCUGCGCUGCCCAAGGUUAACUGGGACAAAGAGAUUGACGAAGAAAUAGAGAGACAAAAACGGAAAAAGAAAUCCACCACCUCGGGCUUAGGGCCUCUGCCUGCGCCCUCUACUAGUGAUAAGAAAUAUAAUAAGUCUGACGUCAUUCCCAGCAUCCCGAAACCGAAAUCGUCAGUAAGUCCAAAACUGGGCCGGUCCACACCACCCACUGCCCAAUCAGACGCGAGCAAAGCCUCCAAUGGGGCCGCGGACCUUCUUGGACUGGACACGGGCUCCAAAUCUGACGCGAAACCAGCCAACGAUGACAUAUUCUCAAGCUUCUUCUCAGCACCUCAGGAGAAACCAGCGGAGACGAAGCCAGAAGACCUGAAACCCGAUCUGAAGACUGAAGAGGAGAACUUCUUCAAGCAGGCUGCACCAACGGAGAAGGAGAAGUCAAAGUUAACAAAGGACAGUAUAUUAGCCCUAUACAGCCAGACACCAGCAACUAAUCUAGUGAACCAAUUCAACCCGGUGCCACCAGUGCAGCCGGUGCAACCUGCCUACCCAGCCUUCGGCAACGUGUAUCAAGCAGGUUACAGCAACAUGCCCGUACAAAACGGUAUGCCUGCACAAUUCAACCAAUUCCCCAUGAACAGUCAGUUUCAACAACCGUUCCCUGGACAGGUACAGCAACCGUUGCAGAAUCAGCCUUUCCAAAGUAAUCAGUCGUUUCCAAGUAAUCAGUUCUUCAACCAGCCUCAGCAGGGCUUGUCGCAACAGUUUAACAGUUUGAACUUAGGGCAAAGUUUUCCGAACGCGUUCGCGUCGAACAACACGAACGUUGCUAGCAACACAACUUGGCAGUAGACUGUAAUGUAGUACUUCUCCUUUUUUUUAUUUACCGCAGAUGUAUUUUUGUAUGUAAGAAGCUGGUACGGUCAUGUAGUGAGAGUUUAGUUUCAUUUUUUCUUUUAUAACUGUGAUGCCAUAGAUAUUACCUCAAUUUUGUUCUAGGUUUCUGACAAUAGUUUUUAUUAACUGUCUAACUAAAGCCUGUAAAGAUUCGCGAUUAAUUGUAUUGGGACACAUUCCCGAUAUCAAUGUGUUCAAUACAAGAUAUUAUUCAUUAGGCAUUAAAAUUCAUAUUACUUCUAAAUAAAAAAGCCCAAUAAUACUUUACUCAACUAAAUAGUCAAUUGAAAUCACUACAUGACAAAGCUAGAUACAUCUGCGCAGGAGUUUAAGGCGUGUAGAUAUGCGAAUAGAGGGCAUUUUGGCUCGGUCGGCUUAUUAAACAGUUUGUUCCUAUAUAUAAUGCUCAUAUGUAAAGAGCUACAUUUGGCGCUGUGCGGUCGUUGAAAAAGUCGUGAAGAGGUCUAUCUUUUUUGUUAACACCAGAGGGCGCUGAAGUAUCUUUUAGUCUUCUACGUCCAAUGAUAGCUGUCUAAUAUUAAUUAUUCAUGUACAGCGUACUAUCGUAACUGUUUGAUGUAACUCGAUUAGUUUCAAGCCACGAUGGGGACUCAUAUACAUGAGCAGGUUGCACAUGGGGAAAUGUGCUCCAUCGUAGGCCGAAUCAUCACUUACCAUCAGGCGAGACAGCAUUGUGCGUCAUAACACAUUUAAUAUGUUUCCCAAAUGUUAUAAUACAAACAAGAUUUGAUAUUAGUAAAUAAUCUAUAGGACAAAGAUCUUAUAUUUCUACGCCCAAAGCAUACAGACUUGAUAGACCUCUUCACAACUUUGAACCUUAUAUCUGAAACUAUAACGACGAAAUUCCACUGUAAGCGAUCGCAUAUAGGUACUUAUACUUUUUGAAUAAAAUGCUAUUUUAUUUUUUUAUUCUUAUUAUUGUAAAGUGGAAUGUCCAUUGCGAAAUUAUGUUAUUAAAGUAUUGGAAAAUUAAAUUAUUAUUAUUAUUUGUUAAUUUAAUGGUUUUUGAGGCUGCACCGCGCCUAUUGUGCAGCUAAUAUAGCUUGGGGGCUUUGGAAUAAGUGGACACCCCUUUUUAAGGGGUAAGCGUCCACAGGCCCGCAUCGUACGCAUCGCACGCAUACCAUAAUAUGACGUCAUCGGUACGUACGAUACGGAUCAGUGGACGCAGUUGUAUGAGUUUCUAUACAAGACAAACUAAAAUCCGUUGCGUACGAUGCGGGCCCGUGGAUGCUUACCUUUAGAAUGAAAUAAUGCAGAAAAUUACGAAAUAUAGACAGUAUGUUGAUGAAAAAUCAACCUUAUCCCAUUCACACAGAGAUCAUAUUUGAAACGUAAUAUCAAUAAGUUAUUUUUUCUAUCUCAAAAUGUCUGGAUACUAAAGGAUACCAAUCAAGUUCAGAUCCUUUUUUAUUUAUUUUAGUCUCCAAAUCUCCACUUAUUCUAAAGUUUUUAUUAUGGUAAAUGCCAUGCAACAGAUAUCAAACCUUAUACUAUAAAUCAUAGAAUUCAAAAUGCAUUACAUACAUGUUCAUUUUACCACAUAUUUCAAGCUGUGUCUAAAUAUUUGGGUUGAACGAAAUUAGACCUUAUUCGAAUAGGUCGUAGAGCACAAUGUAAUCUAAAUACUAAUUGUACGUUUAAUUUACAAUAAUUUCUAAGUAUUUUAGGAGGUAGUGGAAUUAAUAAAUUAAUACUGAAAUCUCCUGAAUGUACACAGCCUGAAAUAUUAACCUUUACCUAUAAAAUUGCCAUUUCUAACCUCUUGUCUGUCGAUAUAUGAGACACAAUAGGAAACACAUUGUGUCUCGCGUAGAUCUACGCUCCAACCUACCACGCCCUGGACGAGGCGAGAGGGAGUGUCAGACUCUUACUGACUAUAAACCACUCCGUUCCUACUGUUGCUUUUCGAGCCGGAGCCCCGGUAACCCGCUAGGUAGUCAACUCCGGAUCAGGCUUCAGUCCUACUCGGCCCCAUCUGUGGUGAUCUAAUGGCUCCUUGAGGUGCGCAACAUACCACAGUUAAAGGUUAUUUUACGGCGGAGACGGCAAUUUUAUAGGUAAAGAUAUAUUUAUUACAACCCCAAGCUAAACAAUUCGACCUAUUUCGAUGUUGGACGAUGAAAAAACAAGUAUUUACUUCCAUCAGUUAGAAAAAAGAAAUAUUAGACACGUAUUAUGUUUUGUUUGUAAGUAGUUUUACUACUUAUUAUAAAAAAAGUGGAGUGGAGUUAUACAGUGGGGGCUUGCUACGUCAUAACUAUGUUUACUUAGCUGUGACGUCAUGUGAUAUUGCGAUUCAAAUGUGUAUUGUUGUGAAAAUAUACGUGUCCAAUAUCUUUUUAAUCUAACUGAUGGAUAAAAUAUUCUUUUUUACUUAAACAUCAUCAUAUUUAUGUAAAUCUGAUAUUUAAAUUAUAAUUUGCGAAAAAUAUCAUGAAAUGUUUUUAUACGUUAUUAUAAUUACUGUGUAUCCAAAACGUUACACUUUGAUUAAUAAUUUAGCACUUUUUAACACUAUUUUAAAUAUCUAUGCACAGAUAAUUAAUUUGUGUUUGUGUAUCGAUCGUAAUUCGUUCUAAUUUUAAGUAGAUUUUUUUUUAUUUCUUUAAACGAAAUAGGCGUCCCGGAUUCGUAAUAUGUGGUACGUAAAUAAAAAUAUAUUUAAAAAAUUAACUCAUAUUCUAACAGAUGUUUUAUUUUUAUAUUAAUUAAUUGAAUUUAUAAUAGAAAUCUAACAAAUGUGACAUGUUAUUUAAACAAAUUAUGUAUUUAAUCGUUAAAAAAUGUAUUCGGGACGUCUGUUGUUAAAUUGGUGCGUGUUCAACGGUAUAUUGUCGUUUUUUUUAUUAUUAUUUAUAGAUAUUAAAAUACUAUUUAAUAAAUCUGAUAAACAUUUUUCUCUAAAUUGUAAAGUUUCUAUAAUAAAACUAUUUACAAGUAGGAAGCCAUUUCCAUCUCAUGCGUUCAGCCUUUUUGGUGUUGCAAGUUUACAAGUAUUAUUAUUAUUUUUUAUUAUAAAACUGCUUGAUAUUUAUCAUUGCGGGCUGCGCAAGUCUAUAAUUGUUUGGUCGUAAAAGACUGAAGUGUAUUUUUUUUAUUUGCAAUAUUUACUUACAAUUUAAUUGUGAUUAACAACGUGUUAGCUAACGAAAAUAACUAUUAUUAGUUUUGAGGCAACAUUGAAAUUAUAGGUAAUAUAUGUCAUAAAAAAUGUAUACAGUGGUUAGCAAAAAUAUGUGUAAACUUCUAUGAACUGAAAAAAAAAGUAAUAAAAUUAGUUUCCAUUCCUAUCUGUAUGUCUCUUGUCUAUCUGUCUUUUCCAACAACAAUUUACUCCUUUCAUAUUGUGAAAUGUGAACAACUUACGGAACAAAAUGAACUAAUUUACCGAGGGUAUAAAAUUCGAAAAUCAUUUAGGUAUCUACCAAAAUAAUUAUUUGAAUAUUUAUGCUCGCGAGAAAGAUCAGUUACUCGCUGAGUAUUUUAGUCUAGCAAAAACUAUUUGUCUCUACUUACCCUUAAGAGCUGUGAACAGUGAAAUCAAACCCUAUCUACUUAUGCCAUUAGGGACUAGGGACCUUUUCAUGUGCAAUAUCGGAAUCAUAAAAUCUUAUAUGUAACCGAAUAGAUCCUCAGUUUUCAUCAAUAUAAUGUACGUAAUGUAAAAACUAGUACGAGUUAGUUUUACGUGUAACGAAAUGGAAAUGAAAGCGCGUUCGCCACUCUGAUUGGCCGGCUCGAAUGAACCAACCAAUUAGAGAGUGCCUGCGAUGUCGUUAAACGUAAAACAAACUUCGUACUAAGCCCUCACUCCUCCAUUUCUUUUUAUAACUACUCUGUGACCGUGUUUGUAAGCUCGUUUUACUACUGAUGUAUAAUUUUUUAUUGUCAUUCAUACAACCCACUUUUGAUGUAUUUAGUUGAAAUAUAAAAUGUGAUUCUUAUUAAGUGAAUUAUGUAAUAUAGUAAAUGUAACGGGCCAUAAGUCAUAUUGGCUGAAUGUAGCCCUGAUUGAGCCUGUAUUUCGUUUACAUGAAUAAAUAUAAUGCCAAUA